AUGGACGGUCCAGGAAGAGUGAUGACUUGAGAAAGAAUGGCAGGCUUCUACGUGUUUGAACGGGAAGGAGGUUCCUCCGUCUACGAAACUGACGAGUGAUGAUCAUGGAGUCUCUGUAAAUUCUGCUUUCAUAUUAUCCAAUUCAUCUGCCGAUUCAUCACUCGAAUACUGACGUUCCAAAAGCCUGUUUUUGAUCUUCUGUUCUACUGGCGAUCAAUCUUAGCGUCAGAUCUUAAUUUCUUCCAUGGCCAGAAGCUCGUUCAAACUUGGAAUUCCUUUGGAAAGGAGACGGGCUGAAGCUGCUCGCGUAAGAGAAAAGUACCCGGAUAGAAUACCUGUGAUUGUCGAGAAAGCUGGGAGGAGUAACAUUGUUGACAUUGAUAGGAACAAAUACCUCGUCCCUGCUGAUUUAACUGUUGGACAGUUUGUUUACGUUGUUCGGAAACGGAUUAAGCUUAGUGCUGAGAGAGCUAUAUUUGUAUUUGUCAAGGACACUCUACCUUCAACUGGUGCUUUGAUGUCUGUAAUUUAUGAGCAUAAUAAGGAUGAAGAUGGGUUUCUUUACAUGUCAUACAGUGGAGAAAACACUUUUGGUGGGUUCCUUGGAGGACAAUGAUACAUUUACAUGGAUGUUGUGACAAAUCUACCUAAUUUACUUGGAGCUUUUCUUGCGAGGGUUCAUGAUCCACUUGAUGCCGUUAGAUAUUCCACUUCCUAUCUUUUUGGCACCAGCCACGGUCGCCGCCAUGGCUUUUGCUAUUCCAGACUUAGAACCAGUCUUCUUGUCCGAGCCCUGGCCCCCUUUGGCUUUACUGCCGUCGUCUUCUUCCAUGGCGCCUAUGCCUCCAGCUCCCCAUUGGUCUGCCCAGCUUGGUGCUUCUGCAGCCAUGGUUUCUAAUUCCAACCAAUACAACAUCAAAUUCACUGUCUAUCCAUUAUUGGUGUUGAAAGUAACAGCAACCAAAUUUAUGCCUAAAAAAACUUAUUCAUGUUCGUAUAACCAUUGAAUUUACCCAGAUUAGUAAAGCAAACAGAAAGUUACAACUUUCUCGCUGUCAUAUUGUCUAAACCAUUUCUAAAACGACAUAAACGAAAUCUCAGAGAUCUGAUCUAAAGAUUUUAUUCAUAAGAAAGAGCGUAUCAUGAACUUCACGAAGCACAAACAAAGUGAGGAAUUCGAGGUGUAGGAAGCAACGAGAUACAGUUAAAGAGUCAUACCUGGGGAUCCAAACCGAUGAAGAACUACAGAAACUUAGUGAAGGAAUUCGAGGAAGAUUAGAAAAUAAUUGGCAGAAACGCCUUUAGGAAGCAGCAGCAGCAGAACGCAGGGCCAUAGGUGGAUGGGCUGUCUUUUACUCCCACUGCAAUAUUACCUUUUUAAAGAGCUUGCCAACUCCUCCUGGUUUCCAUCUAACGAAGCAAACUAUGUCUUUUGGGCAUCUUUUUCUUUCUAAUAAUAUAUAUAUAUAUAUAUAUACACACAUCUUUAAUCC